AAGUGAAGUUGGUCUUUAUGCAGUUCGGUUUAGGUUAUUCUUGAUCUGAUUCUGUAUCUGUGAACGUGAUCUGUGUAUAUCAGGCUUUUCUAUAGUGGUUUGUGCAUGUUUAUGUUGUUGUGAUCUACGAAAAUAUUGUUAAAGUUCAAAACGGACAAAUUUAUAAAAUACAAAAGCAAAAUUUAAAGAACUACGUAGCAACGAUUGCCAAGGUGAAAGACAAUUUGUUUAAUAUUACGUGUAUACGUAAUUGUUCACUCCUGUUAUUAUGAAAACUAUAACGAUAAAAAGAAACAAUAAUCAUUCCGAAGAUGACCUUGUACGAUAUAAAAUUAAUAAAAAAUACGUCAACAAUGCUAAUAAAUCUGCCAAGAUAAAAACGAAGAAAGAAAGUUUGGAUAAUGAUGAUGACAAUAUUCGUUACAAAUUACCUGCAGUUUCAACAAAAACGAAACAAGACAAGAAGUCAAAAGGCAAACCAAAAAUUAAAGUAAAUUUUUGGAGUAAAAAACUAACUAAUCGACUAAAAAAAUCUGAAACCAAGAAAACCGAAUCUAAUCAAAAACAUACUGAAGAAACAAAUAAAACCUCUUUGUUAUCCAAACCAAAACCUACAGAAGUGAAGGUUCGAAAACAAGUAUCAUUUCUUCCUUCACCUCUCUUCUCGGACAACCAUGUUCCAAUGGUUACAGUCCCUGAUGAUUUAACAUUACAAUUAAAUGAAGAGGAGGCAAAUGCCUUACAUGAUGACAUGAAUCACACUCACACAAAUAAUGAAUGUAAUAGUGAUUCAAGUAAACUUAAUGAAAGUAAUAAUGAUUCAAGUAAAUCUAUUGAAAGUAAAACAUUAUCCCCACAAGUGAGUCCUAGAAGUAAAAGACAUAAAAGAAGCCUUAAUAACAAUGACACUAAGAGUCAGGGUAAUGAAAAUGAGCUUGAAUUUUUCUCCAAAUAUGUCGUUCAGAAAUUAAGAAAAAUGGAAACUGAUCAACGGAUAUAUUCUGAGAACUUAAUAAAUACUGUUCUAAUGUUGGGUCAGUUAGGAGAAUUAAAUGGAAAGUCAAAAGUUAGUGAACCAUGAUAAUAAUAGUGGUUUUUACUUAGGUUCAGGUUUUUAACCUGAUUAAUUUCACUUGUAACAAUUGCCUUCCAAUAACAUUUAUGUACAAACUUUAAAAUUACAUAAUGUCCAUGUAACUGUUUACAUUGCUGUGAAACUUGUAUUAACACUCUUUCAU